AUCGUUUGUAAGAUGAACUUCUUCCUGGAAACCCUCCUUUUGAUUGGGAAGCUACUGUAUCUGACUCUGGAGUCUUUGUUUUUAUUGUUUAUCCCGGUGCGGAAGAAGAAUGUUGCUGGUGAAAUAGUGCUUAUAACUGGAUCUGGAAGUGGAAUUGGGAGGCUUUUGGCUUUAAAAUUUGCCAAGCUUGGAGCCACUUUGGUUCUGUGGGAUAUUAAUCAAGAAGGAAACAAAGAGACAGCCAGAUUGGUGAGAGAAAAUGGAGGUGUGAGGGUGCAUGACUACACGUGUGACUGCAGCAAGAAGCAGGAGAUCUAUAGAGUGGCAGAUCAGGUUAAAAAGGAAGUUGGUGAUGUUGGUAUCCUAAUUAACAAUGCUGGAAUUGUAACUGGGAAGAGAUUCCUUGACUGUCCGGACUCGCUGAUAGAGAAAACUAUGGAAGUUAACGCAAUGGCAAACAUCUGGACUUGCAAAGCAUUUCUUCCAGCAAUGAUGGCAGCUAAUCAUGGGCACUUAGUAACUAUUGCUAGUGCAGCUGGUAUGUUUGGAAUCCCUGGAUUGACAGAUUACUGUGCAAGUAAAUUUGCAGCUGUUGGCUUCCUUGAGUCUUUAGGAGCGGAGAUAAGCUACUUGGGGAAGACUGGUGUUAAAGCCACAGUUGUCUGCCCGUUUUACAUUUCCACAGGGAUGUUUGAAGGCUGUAAAACAAAGUUGCCACACUUGUUGCCUAUUAUAAAGCCAGAAUAUGCAGUGGAGAAAAUUGUGACUGGUGUCCUGCAAGAGGAAUUCUGUGUUAUCUUUCCACGAGCCGUAUCCUUUUCACUUCUACUGAAAUAUCUGCUGCCUAUAAAAAUGAGUGUUGUCAUCGCAGGCUAUACUGGAGUGUUCAGUAUUAUGGAUACUUUCGUAGGCCGGGGAAAGAAGAAGUAA